AUGUGGCUCUUUCCUGCAUUUACUACAUUAGGCUCCUUUUUUCUUCUUUUUAGUUUUCUAUUGGAGCUUUUUAUAAUUAUUGGUCAGAUAUCAAAUCGACAUUUCCUAAGAAAAAUUUUUUAUGCACGAGCAUGGAAUAAUCAAGGUCAAUCUUAUAAUCUGGGCUUAUGGAAUUAUUGUACUGUAGAUGGUAAUGGGGAUGCUACAAGCUGUGCACAUCCUUAUGCAGCUUACAAUUGGGCACAAACACCCAAUAUUGUGGACACUGUCCCUAAUUUAGCUAAUAGUGGAUAUAUCAAGAGUCUCUUCUUGGGUCUCUUUAUCUUACUUUUCAUUGGUCUAGGUUUCAGCUUUAUCCUUUGGCUCAUGAGUUUACCCAUUUGUUGCUUGAAACGUCGUGGUUGGGGAUACUCAAUGUCCACUCUUACCUUUAUUAAUUUCUUGGUUACCUUGGUCGCUCUCAUCUUGGCUCUCAUUUUAGUUUUAGCAGGCAUAAAGAAUUUAACAAGUGGUGCAAGUCCAUGGCAAGCACAUGCCGGGAAUGCUCUUUGGCUUCAUAUUGGUGCUGUUGUUUCUCUUUUAUUAGCCUUUUUCUUUUAUUCGGGUGGUUCUUGCUUUGGACGCAAAGGCUCUGACAAUAGACAUUAUGAUGUUGAAGAUAACAGAGGAUGGUUUUCUAGAAGAAGAAGAAAGAAUAGAUCACAGGUUAGUCCAGUCUAUAGCAACGACAAGGAUAAUCAAUACAAGUAUGAAAAUUAUCAUUCCAACUAUAAUAAUACGCAUGUCCCCUUGGAUACAGAUAGGGGAAAUCAAUCUACUUAUAUGACUACAUCUGGUGUUCAACCCAUAACAACUACUGCCACUACUACUUCCCCUUCUUCUUAUGGUCAAAAUGCGAAUACCAGUAAUAAUAUAACUGGCCAAAGGAAUACAGAUGUAUUGCAACAACCUUAUAUGAUGUCUCCUAAUUUAGAACGUCAACGAACACCUACUGGUGGUAUUUCGAACACGCUCGACAACAAUCAUGUUCAGUCUCACUAUACUAACUAUAACCAGCAGCCUACCCAUUUAACUACUGGUGAUAGCAGUGUACCUCAUGAUCAAAACGAUAGCUCUAUACGACCUGGUUAUCAAACACCGGUUCUUCAAUCUGCAAAUAUAAUUCAGUAA